GUUGGCGGGGGUUGCUGAGGCUUCUUCUGGCUGGCUGACGGCACUUGCUUGCAGUGAGAGCCAGUAACUGCCUGGAACUUCAGAGUCUUAAACUUGCAAAGAACAAUACGACAUCUAAAUUUAGUUCCGCAAAAGUUGCAGCUACUUGGAAGCAAGUUCGUUCGGUCAAAUUUGAAGAAUAAAUCUGUCAUUGAACUCGACUCCGUGCCGUGUGCAACACCUAAACCAUCACCACCACACUAUCCACAUAACGGCGACUUACAAUCACAAGUCAUGCGGGGGUCCGUCCAAUCUACAGGUCUGAAGAUGGUUCUCUUACUCGACUCUGAUCCGAAUCCCGACAACUUCUAUUCCCGGCUCAUUCGAGGCCAAAAAUUCGCCGUCAUUCCAACAUUCCGGCUGGAGUCAGGCGAAGAACUCUUUGACUGCCCAAUCGCAUACAAAACAUGGGGAAAAUUGAACGAGCAAAGUGAUAAUGCUCUGAUCAUAUGCCACGCUCUGACGGGGAGCAGUGACGUGAGCGACUGGUGGAGCCCCCUCAUAGGACCUGGGAAAGCCUUUGACCCUCGGCACUUUUUCAUCUUCUGUGGCAAUGUCUUGGGCUCCCCCUACGGAAGUGCGUCUCCUUUGACCAUUAACCCAGGCACUGGCCAACGAUAUGCCAGCGAGUUCCCCCAGACGACGGUCAGAGACGAUGUCAGAGCACACAAGAUGGUGCUUGAUGCUCUCGGUGUCAAGUCAGUAGCAGCCGUCAUUGGAGGCUCUAUGGGUGGCAUGACAACUCUUGAAUGGCCCCUCUGUACACCAUCAGGUUUUGUCCGAAACAUUAUUCCUAUUGCUACGGCUGCUGAUCACUCUGCCUGGGGCAUAUCUUGGGCUGAAACCCAACGACAGUGCAUUUACUCCGAUCCAAAGUACGACGACGGAUACUAUGAGCCGCUCCCGGAAGGCCAACCCUCGGCAGGACUUGCAGCAGCUCGGAUGAUUGCCAUGCUGACAUAUCGUUCUUGCACGAGUUUCGAUAGCCGCUUCGGGAGAAAACCUCCACGGAAUCCCCAGGUACCUCAGGAACCACCUUUAGAUCUUCCGAGGACAGGCGCGUCCAUCAUGGAAACGCCAAGACCCAGGAGAGACAGAGGCCCGCAGCGGAAACAAAAUCCAUCAUUUUCGGCCCAGGGAUAUCUACACUAUCAAGGAGAGAAGUUUAUUAACAGGUUUGACGCCAAUUGUUACUUGCACAUCACCAACAAAAUGGACGGUCACGAUGUCACCUAUGGCCGGACACAACCAUCGGGCGAUGAAGGCUUGGCAGAGGUGUUGUCUCGAGUACCGCCGGGAGCCUUGGUCAUUGGCGUGGAGACCGAUGCGCUUUUCCUCCCUGAGCAGCAAGAGCGGCUUGCCACCAACUUACCUGGUGCAUCAUUACACGUUCUCAAGUCAUCUGAUGGACAUGACGGUUUCCUACUCGAAUUUGAGCAGCUCGAUACCUUGAUCCAAGCCCAGCUAAGAUCUCAUUUGCCGAAUCUCUAUGACAUGAUACAUGAGUCAGAUGAAUCCCUAGAUCUUCCUACGAUAGACGAGGCUGGGGAAAGCUUGACGGGCGAAGUCGAGGAUUGGUAGAGCUGUUUAGGUAGCUCAGGCUUUAGGUCAAAGCCCGAAGUUAGGGGCAUCCUUCAGAUGGACGGGACGCUAGGCAAAGUUAUCGGCAGCCUUUGACAGCGGCUUUACCACGUCAACAAACACACUCGACGUAGAUAAGAGACUUUUUGCCUGCUCACACAGCGUUUCAAUACGCCCCAUCUUCUACCGGUUGCUUCAUGGUCAUGUGGCGGGAAGGCAGAGAACAGGACGGAUGAAAUUGCCCAUGCCUGCGAAGCGACUCUACUAGA